AGAUGUGAACCAAAACUAAUAGCUGUUAACUCCAUUAUAACAAUGCAGUUUAAUCAACCAAUUAAUAGUGGAUUUCAGAAUGAACAGUUUUGUCCAUAUUAUACACCACCAUUGCCAUACACAGAUAUAGUUGGUGAGGGUAACGUUGCAUCACUAAUGUUUCCCGAUGGCACCGUUCAAUUCUUCUUCAUACCUACCCAUAAACGAGAAAGAAGAUUCUACCCAUAUCAUCCCUCUUUCGGGCAAGUACAGGGGCCAGUUGAGGCGUGGUUUAUAAGACAAAUGUCCACACCAACAAUUCCAAAUGCAAUGGAAAAUAUGCAAUAUGGAGAUCCCUUCCUCAGGUCAUAUUACGCAUCAAAACCCAACCUGGACUUAGUACCACAAAAGCCAUAUUACCAAAAGUUUCAUAGCGAUAACGUCACCUCGACAACAGAUAUCCAUUAUUUUUUCCCGCGCAAAACUACAUUAAAGCAUUCUGCGUUUGUGCAAGUGGAGCACCCAGCCAAGUAUAAUAUUUGUUCUCAAACUGAUUACAUUGAUAAAGCAUGUUUUUGUCCAAAGAAGACUAAGAACAAAUGUGAAUACACUACGAUCGAUUCUAGCAGCGCAAUGUCCAUAGACGACGAGGCACAAACUAAAGAAAGGCGAAAAAGGAAUUCAAAAGUGCGAUUUAAAAUGUCCAAAUCUAGAGAUCGCAAAAUAUGCCUCUGCAAGCACAAGCAUGACCAAGAUGUAGAUCAAUCCGAUAAAAAGACAUCAACAUACACAGAUCAAUCCAUCACUUGUGCCGGUGCAACAAGUCAAAAUUCUCAAACCCCCAGAAAGGGGUCUAAUAACUCUAUAAAGCCCAAUUUGCCAAAAUCCAAUUCCAAGACGUCCUGUGACAGCUGUUGUGGUACUUGUUUCUAUUGCGUCACUGAUUGUACUUCAGACGGUUUUUAAUAAAACGACCGAGCCCGCUUUACUUUAUAUUACACUUUAUUCCUUAAAUCGACACGUAUUUACAUUUGAAUAGAACAGUAAUAAACAAAAACAAAACGAGAUUAAAUUAACCUCCAAACCUUGUGUGAGCUGCUGUCUCAGUCGUGGGGGAAGCCUUUCGACUAGUUUCGUAUUAGUCGUUUGUUCCACGCGGAACGGAAGAUGUGGCGGUAAUAACUUUACUUUGGUAAUAAUGACUCUGGCGAGUCGCCUGGGGUCUAUUGACGAGGCCG